AUGCCUGUUAUCUCCAGUGGAGGCGCUGUAGCAUUUAUGAUCGCCAUGUCUAGCGUCAUUGGUUUCCCACUCCCUUUCGCGCUCGUAGUUGGAAUACCGGUAUGGUUCGUGGUUCUCGUUGUAUGCUUCGUGGCUUUCUUUGGACGAAUUUUAAGGCGAGAUCCCGUGCUGCUGCGAGAAUUACUCCGAUCGAUUGUAGUACUCAUCUGUCAGGUACUGCUGACGUUCGUUUAUCCAGCAUAUCUCUAUGGAUUUAUCAGCGUCGAGCCAGAAAACCAAAAGUUUUACGUGAUGCUACUUCCAAUCAUCAAGAUUAUAGCAAAGAAUUGGAUCAGCUAUUGCUUGGGCAACAAAUUCGAUUUAUUGCCGCAAAUUAUGAUAUUCAACGUGGACGUCUUCAACGCACUGUACGUGUCAAGUUCGAUGCAGGCCUCCCAGUCGAGUAUGACAGUUGUUCAGAUGGUUGCAUUGGAUGCAGUACUCGCGUGGGUAUCGAUUUCAGACAUCCAGCAUUUCAUGAAGACCAUUUAUUUACUAAGACGAAAGAUUCCUGCGGCACAUCCGUUAAAGAACGCUAGCUUUAUUGAGAUCGCUAUUCAAAUCAUUGACGAAGAUCCUCAAGCCAGAGACCGUCUCGCUCAUCGUCGAUAUAGUUUGGCUCAGGCCGUUCGACGUAUGAGCACUAGCACGGUUCGAGUAGGAGGUCCUCUGGCUACAGACAUGAACGAUGGUAGAGCGUCAACCAGACAGGUACUCCCUGUCGAUCCACCAAACCCCUCAGAAGCGGUAGCAGCCAGCGAAGCAAGAACCCCUUCGCUAAAACUGGUUAAUGGCCAAAGAUCGCUGGACAGGAUUUUCUCGGCCAAAGAACGGCAACGGUUCCUUCAGCAUAGUGCGAGGGUGUUAUUUACGACGGAAUUUGUCAUUUUGGUCGAAUAUACAGAGGUGAUCGUACCCUUCAUCUACACGAUGUACACAGCUGGAAUGUUCUAUUUGCCAAAUCACCACUAUUAUCCACAGCUCCAGUCGUUUGAGGAUACCGGAUUGACAAGUAAUCUCGGAAAUGUUGUCACCUUUGGAGUGAUAGAGCUGGGCUCAUUGCUGGUGAUCGGGUACCUGAUUCAGCGGAUGCUCAGGAUUUCGAUGCUGCAUCUGCUCGUGUUUGUACUGGACCGAAGUUGGCGCAUGGUGCAGUCAAAUCUGUUUUUAUGGAUAUGCUAUACCAUCCAAAACUCACUAGAACACAACGGGGCCGACUUCAGCUUUGCGUUUUCAUGGCUUAGAACCUCUACUGAGCAGUAA